AUGAGCUCUCACUUACAGCAUGGCGUACAGGAAGCUCCUCCUCGACACGGAGGUGGUCGCCUUCCAGGCCAAGCCCCUGAGAUGCAACGGGACAUCAUCGAUCACGCUGCUCCUCGUCAAUUCAGCAAUGUUGGUCCGGGAAGUCCAGAAGAGCAGCCGCCCAACAACGUCCAUGUCGCCAACUAUCGCAACCUCAGCCAUCCAAAUACCAAGUAUCGUUGGGAAUACCCAAAUGCACAUCUCCGCCCUCAAUAUGAGUACAUAUCCAACGGCCCGCGCUUCGUUCGAGAUAUCAUGGGCCGUGUAAAACAGAAGUGGUAUCCUGAUGACCGAUACAUCUCGCCAUACGAUGGAAGAGCAAAACCUCUGUGUGUACAAGCCACGGACGACAUCUAUCGCUCUCCCAACAACACCACCCACCUUCGGACGUUCAUGAGGAAUACGAGUCCCUUCAUGCUGCGCAUUGCCAAGUGGCCACUGAACCACUUCAAUUACAUCGACGAGAACACCCCAGCUUCCGACUAUUGGUAUGCUGCUGCCAAGUGGAUACCUGCCACCGCGGCACUGACUGUAAUGCUCAUGUUCCCCGGAAAUGCCUCAGGACAAGAACGCAACGGCGGUCGCUAUGAUCCCUUCCCAUACAAGUUCUACAACUAUCCCAAGGCUGCACGAAACACUUUCGAAGACGACUGCCUGACCAUUGCUGGCCGGCGUACUCACCACACGACAAAUCCAGAAAUCAAGCGUACUCUUCGUCCUAGAUAUCUCUGCGUCCUAUCUGCCGAUGACAAGAUGACGCGGAUCAAGACAGAAGACUGGGAGAAGAACAACAAGGGAAAGCCGCUCGAUUACGUCUUCAUUGCCUACACUGCUGAUCAGUUCGACAACGACACUGAUUCUGACGUUAAAGCACUGCAUGCAAUUGCCAAGACGGCUACGAGGGCAGUUGGUCUCAACACAUAUUGGGUUGGCUGCAGCUGUAUGCCAGAUAAAGAUGAGAUUGAGCAGGACGUUUAUCGCAUCAGCGAUGUGAUCCGUGGUGCUCAUUCUCUCAUCAUUGCUGUGGGACCGAACAACAAGGAAUCGGCUCCUUCAUUCGACUUGCAGCUGGUGCAGUGGGGAACACGCAUGUGGACAUGGCCAGAGGUCCUCCUAAGCCCUGGAGACUCCAUCAAAGUCUUUUCCCGCGAGAAUAACGACGUUGUCACCAUCACCAAGAGACAGUUCGCACAAACUGUCUGGAAAGACGCAGAAGUCUCUCGCCAGCUCAUCGACCAUUACGAAGGGAGCAUCAUCCUCGGCCGUCUCGAACUUGUUACUCUGGCACUGCAGUGCCUCCAAGGACGCGAGACUUCUCAGCACCUUCAUGGCGACAAGUCGUAUGCGCUCAUGGGCCUGAUGCGCCUGCGACCCAAGAUCGACAGAAGCGACACGGCAUUCCAGGCUUUUGCCCGACUCAGCUUAGCCAACGACAGCGACAUGCUCCUCGAACGGCUCAUCAGCACCUUACCAAAGAAUCCAACCCAGCAUUGGAGCUGCAUGGACGACGCCUGGAACUCCAAACUGUGGGACAUCUACCCAACUUGUCAAAUCGCCGGUAUUGGCCGCGAUGACACUGUCAUCAUCGACGGCCUGCGUGGAGCCAAUGUUCGGUGGAAGUCGUUUGAGGUGGUCAGGAGUGAGGUUCGUGCCAACUUCAAGCGGACAUUUACUCUGUUCUUGCAGCACUCGGCGCCGCUGUUCUUCUAUGUUUCGAUUGGUUUGCUCGCUGCUGGGAAUGCGCUGAGGCCCUCGAAUAAGACUGCUGGCGACACGUAUACUUUCGUGGGCGUGGUCUUCAUCAUCUACUCCUUGAUCGCCAUCAUCGGCGCUCCCUGGUUCGUAAAGUUGCUAUACGGUGGCAAGUUCUGGCAGACGCAGCCCUGGCUCUUCGGCUUCGAAGGCUACCUCCCUGUUGAAACAAUCGAAAAGCAAGUCUUUGGCACCAACUUAGGUCGUCUCUCAUGGUCCCCGUACUCGUCCCCGCUCUCCCGCCACAAACGCAACGAACACGACGAAUGCAUCGGCAUCGACCCAACCACCGACCCCGAAGUCAGAAGCCUGGUCUCGCAAGCCACCCACGCCACACCAGGCCAGAUGCGAGUCUUCACGAUCGUCGACACGGGUAACAUGGAAGUCACAAUGUUUCAAGCGAUUCGGCCGCCGGUUGCUUUCUUGCUCGCCGGCGAAGAAGGCGGAAUGCAGAGGGCUGUUGGUGUGAGCUAUCAGUGGGAGACGCAGACUUGCUAUCGCGAGACGAUUAUGAGGAUGCCGACGACGACGAAGGAUUUGAUGACGCAGGUUAAUAGGGUGAGGUUUGGGUUGAAGCGAGAGAUGCCGCCUACGAGGCCGGUCAGGGGCGCGGAUCAGGCUGUGUAG